AUGGAUUUGCCGGAGAGUCUAGCGGCGGUGUUUCCGGCCGGGGACGCUUCGUUGUUGGUUCCUUUAAGUCAGUUAGGUUACCGCGAUACGGUGGUAUCUGACGAUGAGUUGCAGCAAGUGUGUGCGAGUCACGGCAACGUCGUGGUGUACCUAAAGCAGAUGUUGCGGGACUACUGGUCGAACGCGUCCGUUGGCGAGUCCACAGACGUUGCGGCGGCUGGUGAGUAUUUUGUGCUCAUGGAUUUACUCAAGGCGGCUUUGGACGCACGGCACAGUCAGGCGGAAUCCACGACAUUGGCGAAGGAUGCGGUGCCGCUAGCGCUGGCGUAUGUUGUACUAGGUGCUUCGGCGCAAGUCCAGGACGACACGGCCGCGAGCCGCGCACUCUCCGCACUCUCUGUGCUUCUGCGCGCGGGGGUCGCGCUUGCGGUCAAGGAACUGUCGGAGGCGGGCAGGCGCAAGGCCGAGGGCCAGCGACCGGAAUUGCGGCCGGCACUCAAGUCUGCACUGCGGCUUCCGGAAGCGGUGACGGCGUUUGACACCGGACGCACGGCACCGGUGGAUAUCAUCGGCGGCGUAGUCACGCUCCUGACAUCCAGUUUGAUCCAUUUGCUUUCCAUCUCAACGGGUGGCAAAGCGGCGGCGGGUGGCAAAGCAGUGGUGGCAAAUCUGGACAUCGGUUUUCUCUUGGCGACGGGCACGAGUCCGAACAUUCCCCCGCACCUGAGUCAGUCAGUGCGGCGUGUGCUGGAGUGCCUGCCCGAGGAGAUGUUGCCGUUGGUGGCCGAGGCGGCCGGGCAGCGGACGGCCAAGUGGGUACAAAUGCCCGUCGCCAAGUUGUUCAGUCCAGAUACCGUGUUUGCCACGGGUCAAGUGAAAUUGCUAACGGCACUCGUGUUCGGGGUGCUCGCCGCGGCUCCAGUCCCUGCUGAGCGUACCGUGGACCAUAGCGCCUUGGGCUCGCUUGCCAUCAACCGGCUGUUGACUGUACUGGGGGCGUCCAAUACCGCGAAGGAUAAGGACUGGGAGGAGGCUGACGACGAGGAUGAGAGAGAGUGGAAGCAAGUCAUGAGCAAGUCGCUCAGCCGGGCCCAGAGCGUAUUCCAGCAGGCUAUGCCCAACCUGCCAUACGAAGAGAUAAUGGGCAAGUGGCUCCGCAAUGUCGUGGCAAAAAGCGGCGACUCCGUCACCGUCCGGGUCCCGCAAGUGAUUGCAAAUUCGCUGUCGCUUUGCGGCGUUCUCAAGAUGCCCCAAUUCACCUUCGUGGCGAGUCAGAUGCUGAUCGAAAAUAUGAAGAACGUCGUCCACUCAGAGCUUAUAAACAUGACCGAGGCUGCCGGGGCGCUGGAAGAAGCCUUUAUGCAGUUUAUUAUUUUCAAGGCGGUGUCAUUUGAGCUGGAUACUCUGGGUCUUCUGGAUGUUGUCCUGCCGUCCAAAUUCCCGCUUGCUCUCAAGGGUAAGGUUCUGGGCGCUUGCUGGCUGUCGCUGUGGAACCAAGCGUGCCGCCUCGCUGGGGAUGGGAAGGGUAUUGCGCUAAAGAACGUUCUGAAGCAGGCGCGUGACAACUUGAUCAAGCACGCGGAUUUUAAUGCAUUCGUGCUCGACUGCCGUCAGGCGCUGGUGAACGGCAGCGAGAAUCGUGGAACGGGGAGCAGUGUUGGUGCUCGGCAGUGUAUGUCGAAUCUGUUUUCCCUCCUGGGAUCGGAGUACGUCUUUUCACUGCCGGCUGUCAACUGGUCAGUGACAACAUGUGACAUUCUCACACAGGACUAUGUGACUGAGAGUGGACUGUGGGUCAUCGAGGCGUUAAUGGAAGGUCGCUGCGAGGGCGGUCUGGAUCUGAGCAGCAUCCAAGUCAACUUGCUGCCCGUGAUUAAGUGGUGUGAAGUGAAAAAGAAAGAAAUCAAUGUGAGCGCAAAGACGGCCGUUCUUGUGCAGUUUUAUAACGACAUUGCGUUCCAGGUAAAGAUGUCACUGGGCGCCUUCCUUGUUCGUGUUUCAGAGCCGGAGGACUGUGCCGCACUCGUGUGCGAAAUUCUAACCACCAACUUCACCGCGUUGGAAACCGUAGGGAUAUCCAACUGCCUACGUAUGAUGUACAAAAGCAUCGACCAACAGGUUUCCCUGAUGAGCCAGGAUGGUUCCCAGGGGGAAGGUCCCAAGGGGGACGGCGACGAGUUAGUACUGAUCCGGAAUACAUGGCAGAGCGUAUUUGACUGGGCUCAGCAGGUGAUGAGGGUGGGAAUAAAGAACGUAAACGGCACUCUAGUGUCCGCUGGACGCGAUUUAUUGGCGGUCGUUUGCGGAAUCGUCCCGCAGUCUGCGAUGGAGAACCUGGUGGGUUUGCUAAUUCAGUCAAUUGCCACCCUCACCGUUGACGAAGAGAUUUACUCUAUAUAUGUGGAGCUAGUUAGCAUCCUAAUUGAACAGAAUAGCCAGCGGCUGAACGCCCAGGCGCUGCUACAGCUGACCAACCACUCACUCGCUCAAUUACAGUCGGCGAUCCAAAUUCGACCGAAACCGGUUGCGGCUUGCCGAGCCUGGCAUCACGUUCUGACUCGGCUCUUGGAAGCCUGGACCUUAUCGAAGGAACCUAGUCCCCUGAUGCAAGUUAUGGAGGUCGUCUAUGUGCUCCGAGAGCACACGGACGCGACACUUUGGAAAACGAGGAUGCAAGUGCUGGAAGCACUUGUUCGCGAACUGCACAGAACCUGGAAGAGUUGCGGAGACCCACAGGUCCUUAUUACGUUCCUUUUCCAAGGGCCGCUCUUCGAAGCUUGCUGGAAGGCAGGAUCUCAAACUAGCGUCACAAGACGGCGCGCUCGGAGAGUUCUGGAUAAACUGGUCCCCGUAAUAAACGAAAUUACCGACGGAAAGGGGCUCGACAUUAUGGCAGACUUCCUAAUGCUCGGGAUGUCCAUUUCAGAAUGCAUUUCGCUCCAAAAAGGGUUCAUUCACGCUGCCGAACACGUGUGCGCAAACACAAAUUUGUUCGCUGGAGAAGUCCGCUCCAACUUGGAAACGAUACUCAGUAUGGUGAAACCGAUGUGCUUCAAUCUGGAUAAAAAAUCGACUCACUCAUCUGUUUUGGGAAGCCGCUUCUCGCGAAGCACCAGGUUCACAUCGAAAUCGAGAAAAUCGAUUCGAUCCCGAUUUACUCCAUUACGAACCUAG